ACUUUUAUGCCACCCGGACCCAAAUGUCUAUAUACUUCCACCACUGUAGGUCACAUCACAAAAUGUUCGAGCUUUUUGUGUCGUUUUUGAUGUUUACAUGUUGGAUGGGCGCUGUAUCAUCGUUGCUGCCACCGCAACAGGUGACCAAGAGCCUGUUGAAUUUGAACUUUGAGUUGCGAUGGACUGCACCAAGCGAUGCAACCAACCGUACUCUGUACAGUGUGAAAUACAGUCUGAAUGGAAGACGAUGGCGCAGUAUCACGCAUUGCACCAGCAUUGGACGCACUGUAUGCGACAACAUGGCGACAUCGCUCGUCGAUCAACUAAAUCGGGGGAAAGUCAAAGACGCCCUUCUCAGUGGUUUUGAUGUCCGCUUAAUCCGUCACGACGGCCCACUUGAGAGUACCUCCCCGUCAGUUACUGUCAAUUUCACCCCGUACACAGAAGCUACAAUAAGCGCCCCUAGUAUUAAGAAAUUGGAUGCAACAAGUGUCUCGCAACGAGUCGGCCUACUCGCCCCACAAACACCUUUCCCGGGCACCGGUAGAGUGUAUGUCCUAAUGGAUGACCGCAAUCUACCUGGUGUUUCUAAGGUGUACUACAACUACACAUUGUGGCAGAUUCCGCAUGGAGCAACAAGUGAACCAAUGUGGAUGAUGGUGGAUCGACUAGACUCAAUACCGGCAAGGAGAAACUUGCACAAUUUCACAGAUUUGCAACUGACAAAUCUUCAGCCUAACACCGAAUAUGCACUGGUGGUUCAGGCGAGGAUUGGACGAGGUAGCUACAGCAACGAUAAGUCCCGGAUAACAUGGACGACUUUGGAAGCAGCACCAAACGAAGGGCCACUGUUAUUGCCUCUUGACGUUGCGGAAAUAGACUGCAGUAGGCCAAACAGUCGAGAUGUCGGCAUUAAGUGGCAGCCACCCCUAAAGCAAAUGUGGAACGGUAACAAUAUUUUCUACGAACUUCAGUUCAGCAAAAAAAACCUUGGCGGAGAACAGGUUAUUCGCAACAUUACGUCAUCCACUUCAACGACUGUUUACGGCCUCAGCCGCUGGGAUCUGUAUGACGUCGUAGUAUUUGCUAACACGUCCGCUGGAGGAACAGCCAGUUUGUCAAAAUCUCUUCCAGCAACAGUCGUUGGAAUGGCGAACUCCAAGCCUGACAACAUCCAAAUUCUUACGAAGCCCUCGUCGUCAACACAAGUCAUCUCUUGGCAACCACCGCCAGAAUACCAACAGUGUAUCCUUGGUUACUACGUGACGUUACAGCCAGAUCCAGCUAACGUGGAGAAGCACGACCUCAAGAGAGAGGUGACCGUCAUGAACGCCACAUCAGUGGAGAUUAAACGUCUUGAACCCCAAACGUACAUGGUGGAAGUGGCUGCAAUUGUUAAAACUGGAUUCAAUAAUUCAUCACAGGGUCUGGCAGCAAACAUCCGUCUGAUGGUUGGAUCCGAGAUACCCAUAGAUGCAACUGUGUCCAUUGCCUGUGUUGGUUUCUUCAUCCUGCUUAUCCUCAUCGUAACAGCCGCUCGUAAAAUCAUCAGAUCUUGCAAAGAUGACAAGUUUAAGAGCCUACAAGACAACAAAAUCUUGAUGCGAGCGUACUCACAGACAUACUCCCAACAUCCUCGGCAAUUCCGUGUGAUAGAGAAGGAAACGUUUGAUGUGCCAAAUCAACGUGAUUGUGUGGAAUGCGAGACGAAAUUGCUAUCAUGUGACUCGACAACUAGUAACCAAAGUAACACGACUGGGUACUCCACAGACAAGUCAGGUCUCGUCGACGGUGAGAUGGAUGUCAGCUUAAGUAGGACAGAAGGCAAGACACAAAACAGUGACAUCGAUGUGCUCUCGAGUUUACUGCGGGAGGAGUCCUCCUCGGACGAAGAAGUCAAGGACAGCUUCUUAGAAAGGACGCUCGGGGCUGUGCCUGCUGAGGAGAUUAGUCAAAAACACUUGGCCUCAUCCAAUCAAUCGUCUUCAUCAUUAUCAGGCGGACCGACUGAUCCAGUCUCAUUUCCGGGCGAUUCCGCUUCAACACCUGCAUCAGGGUAUACACCUAUGUCCUCCUGUUUCCCCUCAAGACAGGCCUCAUUUAAUGAUGACCCUUCAGCCAAGAGGAAAACCUCUCGAGUUUCCUGCAAGUCGAUACGAACCUCACCCAGCCUACAAGACAACAAAAUCUUGAUGCUAGCGUACUCACAGACAGACUACCAACAUCCUCGGCAAUUCCGUGUGAUAGAGAAGGAAACGUAUGAUGUACCAAAUCAACGUGAUUGUGUGGAAUGCGAGACGAAAUUGCUAUCAUGUGACUCGACAACUAGUAACCAAAGUAACACGACUGGGUACUCCACAGACAAGUCAGGUCUGUGGAGUACAUCAUUAUCAGGCGGACCGACUGAUCCAGUCUCAUUUCCGGGCGAUUCCGCUUCAACACCUGCAUCAGGAUAUACACCUAUGUCCUUCUGUUUGCCGUCAAGACAGGCCUCACUUAAUGAUGACCCUUCAGCCAAGAGGAAAGCCUCUCGAGUUUCCUGCGACUCCGUAACAACCUCACCCAGCCUGGAGAAAUACCCUUGCAGGUGUGCACUUGACUACACGAUUCUAGCCAACAGUGUGAUGCACCCAGUCCAGCUGUAUCCGCUAGCUGUUACCAAAUGCCAUUCCGGCGAGGAUUCUAGUCAUACCAAGAGAUGUGCUGCAAAAAUUAACCUCUCCUCCCAUGGGAUGGAAACAGAUAAAUCUUAUGCAUUCCACGAUGCACCAGAUUGAGCAUCUGUGCCGAUCAACAUUUGACUUUGCACAAUGUAGAAAAACGUGCAUGAGAUUUUACAAUCUCGACAUCAUUGACUUUUGACAUUUUGAUUUCAGUUAUCAAGAAAAGCUUUAGAACCUAUCAGAACAAAAUGAUUCCCAAGUCAACGAAGAAGAUAUCUGCCCUUGGUUACAUUUGUACCUUGACUAAAAAUGAAGAGACUAACCAUUCCCCCUUAAAAACACGCAAAAAAGUGUUCCUACCAAUGAAAUGAGUAGGCUUCUUGAAAUCUUUGACAGUACACCGGUAGUUUGUUAAAAUGAAAGAACAAACUUGCCAUAAUAUACUGGCAUUUAAAUCGUGCGGUUUCAGUCGUCUUUUUCAUGACAGGUUUGUUUGCUGUUUUCCCGAAAUAUUAUCUUUUGAAACUGAUUUCAAGCUUUAUACUGAAGCUUUUUGAAUACGGUAUUAAACUGUACAUACCCCCUGUAUGCCCCCCAUACGCCAAUGUCAAGGAAGCUGUUUGGUAAGUUGUAGCUGUGUAACCGAAACGGCUAUGAACCGAGUACAGUGAACUUCUUACCGGUAGCUGUGUAACCGAAACGGCUAUGAACCGAGUACAGUGAACUUCUUACCGGUAACUCGUGGGAGGAUUUCUGAGAACGAGCUUUUCAUGUGGAAAUGGAGGUAGUGACUGAAAUCGCAUCAGUGAAGUAACGACCCAAGAUGAUUUCAAGGUUUUAUGAUGAAAGAAGGCAAACAGUACUGGAGACGCUUUUUUCAGAUGCGCUCCGAAAGUAUCAGCGUGCGUGCUUUCAAGAGUUGUGAAAUCAAUCCACUGAUAUGCCAUUUGACAGUGCAGUGGGAAUUGGAGAGUUCAACUGUCGUCCACAUACGUUGGUUUGACUGUAAAUUUAUUGUAAGAUAAUAUUUGCAUUUUGUCAGCGCAGGAAAGUGUGGGUUUGUUCACUAAAUUCAAGCUUUAUACAUCCUGAACAAGCGUGCCCUUCAUGUUGUAUGCAUAUCAUUACGUUUAAAGUUAAUAUACCCAUUAUGUCUACCACUGUUUCCAUUGUACAAAAACCACUUGACGUAGGCCCUGCUUUUGUAUUAUGCACUUCCUUAAUACCAAUUUUCGUACAGAAAAAAUAUCAUGAUAUUAAGCAAUGCAGUUUAAAAUAAGACAAUCUUUCUUAAGAUUAUCUUAUAAGAUAAUUUUUCUUAACCCAGACAAAUACGCUUGUAUGAGCAUCAUUUAUUUAUAUAUGCUCAUUCCAAAAAAGUGCAAGCGGCACGGGGAAAGUUGACUUUUGUGCGUUUAAUCAAAAGAACUCCUCGAUAGAGAAUAAACUUCUGAAUGAAUGAAUUAAAUGCAAUAUACUUCUUGGUAAUAUGUAAUUGUUUAUGUUCCAUGAAGGGAUAUGUUGUACCAAUAAAUGCCUAUCAUAUUUGCAGAAAAGGAGGUGAACAGUA